ACCCGGUCCGCACUUUUGUAUUCAUGAGAAUUGCUUUUUUGCGAGAAAAAAUGCUCUUGCUAAUCCUGCUCCAACUCCUGAUCAUGGCAUCCACAAAUGCUCAGUCCAUUGCGCCCCUCACCACGCCCAGUGCUGUUACUGGUAAUGCAGCAACUGGCACUGCCAUAAACACAGCAAACAAUGCAGCAACUGACAGUGCUGGAACUGGCAACGCAGCAACCACAGCUGUCAAUGCUGCAUCUGGUAAUGCUGCUACCACAGCAAGGAACGCAGUGACUGGCAAUGCUGCAACUGGCAACGCCGCAACUACAGCUGGCAAUGCAGCAACUGGCAAUGCCGCAACCACAGCAGGGAAUGCAGCAACAGGCAACGCUGGAACCACGGCUGGCAAUGCUGCGACUGGCAAUGCGGCAACCAGAGCAAGGAACGCAGCAACUGGCAAUGCGGCAACCACAGCUGUUAAUCCUGCGACUGGCAACAAUGCAACCCCAGCAGGGAAUGCAGCGACUGGCAACGCAGCAACAGGUAAUGCUGCAACCACAGCUGGCAAUGCUGUGAGUGGCAACCCCACAACCAUAGCAGGGAACAUAGCGACUGGCAACGCAGCAACCACAGCAGGGAAUGCAGCGACUGGCAAUGCAGCAACCACAGGAGGGAAUGCAGUAACUGGGAAUGGAGUGACUGGCAACCCUGCAACCACAGCAGGGAACGUAGCGACUGGCAAUGCAGCAACCACAGCUGGAAAUGCAGCGACUGGCAACGCAGUAACUGGCAAUGCUGCAACUGGCAACGCCGCAACCAGAGCAGUGAAUGCAGCAACUGGCAAUGCUGCGACUGGGAAUGCUGCAACCACAACUGGAAAUGCAGCGACUGGCAACGCAGCAACCACAGCAGGGAACGCAGUGACAGGCAAUGCUGCAACCACAACUGGAAAUGCAGCGACUGGCAACGCAGCAACUGCCAAUGCUGCGACUGGCAACGGCGCAACCACAGCAGUGAAUGCAGCAACUGGCAAUGCUGCGACUGGCAACGCUGCAACCACAGCAGGGAACGCAGUGACUGGCAAUGCUGCAACCACAACUGGAAAUGCAGCGACUGGCAACGCAGCAACUGGCAACGCUGCGACUGGCAACGGCGCAACCACAGCAGUGAAUGCAGCAACUGAGCAAGGAACGCAGCAACUGGCAAUGCGGCAACCACAGCUGUUAAUCCUGCGACUGGCAACAAUGCAACCCCAGCAGGAAUGCAGCGACUGGCAACGCAGCAACAGGUAA